AUGAUAUCUAACCUAAGUAUUGCCGUUAAAAUGAACAAGUACAAGCCAGACACAGACCACACUGCCGUUGUAGAGUAUGCCACCGCAGAAGACGCAGAGCAGGCUGCAGCUGCCUCCUUAAAGAUCGACAGCGCGGGCCUAGAGGCAGAGGUGAUAAGCUAUUCUCCCGAUAAAAAGAAAAAGCCGCUUACCUACAAAUCAAAAGCGUACAUAGGAAAUCUUCCUGAAGACUUUCAAGAAGAAAACCUUACAAAAAUAAUUGCAGGUACGGUUUCUCCUAAAACAGUAUUCCUGUCCAAGCCCACACAGUCCCAGAAGAAAUACGCGUUUCUAGAGUUCUCCGACGAAACAGAGAGAAACGUGGCCCUGGGGGUCCUUGAGAAAAUAAAACAGGGGGGUGCACUCGGUGCUGAUGCCAUCGUAUCGCCUGCAUAUCCUUACACUCAGAGACCCAAACACAGGAAACACGUAAAACCAGCCUCACAAUAA